AUGAAGACGAAACACGCAUAUGCUCUCGGGGCUUUGGCUGCUUUGGCCAACAUCGCCUUUGCAGAUCUGCGAUUCCGAUCCCGACCUGAACUCGCUGUCCCUAGGCUGAACAUCACAACCCCUGCCUAUGGCCACGCCACGGAAAAGGGGCUGAUUUUCAUCACUCCUUACGAGGGCUUUGCCGAAGGCCACAAAGGCCCGACCCAGCCGGGUGCCUAUAUUUUUCGCGACGACGGCGAGCUAGUCUGGUCGGGCACGGGCUUCCACGCAGGCUGGGUCGCCAACUUUCGUCCCGAGACCUGGGACGGCAAACAGUACUUGCGCGCCUUUCAAGGAACUCUUGAUGGGCCUCAUGGACGUAUGUAUGGUCAUCACACGCUUCUCGGCAACGACUACGAGGUUUCCAAGAUUGUCAGGGCCGGCUCUCACAGGCUGGUUUCCGCACAUGAGUUCCGCGUUGUGGACGGCAAGACAGCGCUCAUUGAGACGCCGAUUCCGCGGAUUAUUCCCCUGAAGCCAUGGGGAGGCUCGAAUGAACAGAGAUGGAUUGUUUCUGGAGGCUUUCAAGAGGUCGAUAUUGAUACGGGUGACGUGCUGUUUGAGUGGGAAAGUCUGGACCACGUCGAUCCAAAGUUGAGCGCCUUUCCUCUCGACUUUGGUCCUGGUCUUCCCGGCUCCGGCCGCAACGAGACUGACGCCUGGAACUACUUCCACAUCAAUAGUGUCGACAAGGACGAUGAGGGCCACUAUCUCCUCUCCGCGCGAAACAUAGCUGCGCUUUUCAAGAUCAACGGCACAAGUGGAGAAAUUCUAUGGCAGCUGGGAGGCUACAGUGGUGGUUCUGACUUUGAGAUCGCCGGAACCGAGGCCUUCGCGUUCCAACACCACGCCCGUUUCCGAGGCCGUUCUUUAGACGGAAGCCUCGAGACCCUCUCUUUCUUUGACAAUGGCGCACAUUCGGCCCCAGUCAAAAUUCGCCCUUACUCCCGCGCUCGCAUCGUUCAGCUGAACCACACGAGCGGCGUAGCUACGUCACUCCGCACGUACGACGCCCCUGAUGGCUUGUCGGCACGCACUCAAGGCAGCGUGCAAUUAUUGCCGAAUGGCAACGUGUUUGUCAAUUGGGGUGAAGCCGGUGCCGUCACAGAAUUCAGCCACGGCGGGCAGGUCUUGUUCCAUGCUUACCUGGACUCGGCACCGGUCUCCACGUUUGUGCAGAGUUACCGUGGAUUUCGCGCCAACUGGACGGCCAUCCCUGCCGAGGAACCUGCCAUCACGACCUUCGUUUCGCGGGAGUCAACUUUGACUUUUGUGGAUAUCUAUGUAUCAUGGAACGGAGACACGGAGACCAAAACAUGGCAAGUGUACUCCCGUCCUUCGACUGGUGAGUCCGCUGUGUUGGUGGGUAAGGCUCAGAGGGAUGGAUUCGAGACCAAGAUCAGGCUCCAGGGAAUAAAUGACUUGGAAAGCUCGGUGUUGUUUGCGGAGGCGGUCGAUGAUAACGGAAAAACUUUAAGGAAGACGCGGGACGUCUACGUCUCUGGAAAGCCGGCGUCUGCAUUGGAUCAACACCCUGCAAUAGUUGUUCAGUGGAACGAAGAACUAUGA